GGCUACUCUUAUAAAUAUUUUAUAAUUAUAACAAAAAUAAAGCAUGCUUAGUAGAACAAAUAAAAAUGCAAGUCUGUAAUGCAAAUAAUGUUAAAAUUUACAAUUUAAGUGCAGGAAAAUCACUACCUGAAUGGCUAACAGAUCGUCAGAAAAGAAAGCUCCAAAACAGAGAUGAUGAUGUUCGAAAGCGUUUGGAGCUUAUCCAGGAUUUUGAAAUGCCAAGUGUUAGCAAUUGUGUUAAGGUCUCUCCAGAUGAACAGUUCAUUUGUGCCACAGGUUCGUACAAACCCAGAUUUCGUUGUUAUGAUGUUCAUGAGUUGUGCCUUAAGUUUGAACAUGGUCUUGACUCAGAUGUCGUCAACUUUCAGUUUUUGUCUGAAGACUACAGUAAAGUAUGUUUUUUAGAAGAUGACAGGUUUGUGGAAUUUCACUCUCAAUUUGGAAGACUACUACGCAUGCGAAUACCCAAGUACGGAAGAGAUUUAUCAUACUAUCCACCAUCAUGUGAUAUGUAUUUUGUUGGUGUCAGCUCAGAAAUAUACAGAAUAAAUUUAGAAAAGGGGCGGUUUAUGAAGCCCUUGCAGUCAUCUGCUACAGAGCUUAAUUGUUGUGAGUUUAAUCCUGUGAAUUACCUGUUUGGGUGUGGUUCAAAAUUAGGACAUCUAGAGUGUUGGGAUCCUCGUUCUAGAACGAGGGCUGGCGUACUUGACAUAGCUGUCAGUAAUUUUGUACAAGAUUAUGACAUCAAAAUUGUACCAGAGAUAACGGCUAUGAAAUUCAGGAAAGAUGGACUAACUGUUGGAUUGGGGACCAGCACUGGACAUAUUCUUCUGUAUGACUUGAGAGCCAUGAAACCAUUCAAUGUCAAAGAUCACAAUUACGAACUACCAAUAAAAUCAAUAGAAUUUCAAGAUUCUCAAGAUCUAGUCUUAUCCAUGGACUCCAAAAUACUCAAAAUGUGGAACAGAAAUACUGGUAAACCAAUGACAGCCAUUGAACCAGGUGUAAAUCUUAACCAGCUUUGUGUUGUCCCUAAUACUGGACUCAUCUUUUUAGCAAAUGAAGCUCCGAAAGUACUGACCUACUUCAUACCUACUUUGGGUCCAGCACCAAGGUGGUGUAGUAGCUUAGACAGCAUGACAGAAGAACUAGAAGAGAAGUCAGAAAGUACAGUUUAUGAUGAUUACAAGUUUGUCACGCGCACUGAGCUUGAAGAAUUAGGACUGGUUCAUCUCAUAGGCACCAACCUGCUCAGAUCAGUCAUGCAUGGUUUUUUCAUGGACAUGAGACUUUACCAUAAGGCUAAGGCUGUAGCUGAUCCAUUUGCUUAUGAGAAAUAUAGAAAGACCAAAGUCAGGGAGAAGAUAGAACAAGACAGAACAAACAGGGUCCAAUUAAAGAAAUUACCAAGUGUUAAUAGAGACCUGGCUCAAAAAUUGAUGGAAGAAGAUGAAGCACAAAAAUCCAAUCCCAAGAAACGUGUGAACAAAGCAGUGACAAGCAUAUUAAAGGAUGAUCGUUUCUCUGCAAUGUUCAACAAUCCAGAUUUCCAGAUUGACCCAGAGUCUGAAGAGUUUAGACUCAUAAAUCCUGUCAUGUCAAAACUAGACAAAGCUAGAAAGAAAAGAGAAGAGAAAUAUGCUCUUUCGAAACAGUUCAAGGAAGUUGAGGGCGAGGAUGAACCAGAGGGAAGACCAAGUGAUGAAGAGGGAAGCAGCAGUUCUGAAGAUGAACACACUUGGGCAGAGGAUGUUAGAAAAGAGCAUCAGAAAGUUACUAGAGAGAGGAGAGCUCAGGAAAAAGCUAACAUCAAAGAGGAAAGAAAGAAAGCCAGAUUGUUUGAAAUCAAGGAUGGGGAAGAGAUUGGUGUUAAAAGUGACAUUAACAAGAAAAAGGAGGCUAAAAAAACUUUGGAAGAAAGAUUGCAGUCUUCUGAUAAAGAUUCUGUUACAUAUGUUGGUGGCUCGUUAGGAAACAGAGAAAUGACAUUCUCACUCAAAAAGGAGAAAAAAGCAAACAAGAACCUGGAACAAAAGAAUAUGCACCAGUCAGAGAGACGGAAGUUGAAGCGAGCAGGGGGUACCUUAUUGGAAAAACCCAAAGCAAAGUUUUGGAUGGGGAAGAAAGUCUGAUAGUUUAUGGGAAUAGAAAUUGAAAGAUGGAUAUCUGAAAGUUUGUAUGAUUUGUCUGCUGUUAUUGCUAUGUAUAAAAAUAUUUGAUAAAAAUUAAUGUACAUAACAUCAAUUUAAAA